AUGACCGUAAACGCCAUACCGACCAAACCCCUUGCCCCAAGACAACAAGUCGGCGUCUAUCCCGCCCCAGGCUCCAACAACUACGCCUGCCGCGCCACACACGCAAACCCAGUCGUCUUCCUGCACGGUCUCGGCGCUACCAAGGACGAGGACCUAAAUGUGCUCCAAACACAUAUGCAGCAGCGCGGAUUCUGCACCUACGCCCUCACAUACGGCGACUACCCGGCGUUCCCCUUCGUCGGCGGCCUGCAGCCCAUCGCACAGUCAUCCCAGGAGAUCGCAGCAUUCAUAAGGACCGUCGCGCAGAAGACAGGCGCCGCGAAAGUCGACAUCGUCGGUCAUUCCGAAGGCGCGUUUCAGGCCUUGUACACGGCCAAGUUUGGUGGACUGGCGGGCUUGGUGGGGAGUGUAGUUGCGCUUGCGCCGCCGACGCACGGUACCGAUUUUGGGAAUUUGUAUGAUCUGGCGUAUGUUGGUGGCAAGCUCACGCGUGAGCUUGUGGGGACGAUUCUGAAGACGGUUGGGUGUGCGGCGUGUGAUGAUCUGGGGCCGGAUGGAGCUGCGAUUGCGCGGCUGAAUGAUGGAACGCCGAUUGCGCAGGAUGGUGUCGAAUAUACGAUUAUCAUCUCGACAAAGGAUGGCUUGGUAACGCCGUAUAACACAUCGAGGGUGGACGAGCCGGGAGUCAACAAUGUUGUUGUGCAAGACUUUUGUCCUGAUGAUCCGGUUGGACAUAUUGGGAUGGCGUAUGAUACGUGGAUUUGGAGUGUGGUUAUUAACGCGCUAGAGCCAUCGGUGCCUAGAACGGCGUGCACGAAGGGCAUGCCGUAUCGCCGUUGA